CGAACCAUGUGGGGCAUCGUGUAUAGCUGUCUCCUUGUCAUGUUUGCUUGCAUUUGGACGGUGGUGCACCCAGAUCUGCCAAAGCUCGGCCGUGAUGGUAUCCAGCCGCUCAAACUGCACAUUGGCUUGAUGGUGGUUCCACUGGUUUUCCCGGAAGACAUUGCAUUGCGUGGCACCAAUUCUUGUUGGCUUGCAGAGUUUCAGAAAAAUACAAGAUGGUUGAAGGUGUGUCCUGAAUUUGACAAUACAUGGACCUUGACGCAUCCAUACUUCGUCGUCAUGGAUGGUUUCUUCGACUCAUCAGAAGGAAGAUCGGUGUACCUGAAUGACUUGCAGCGAUACCCUGAAAACACCGGGGAUACUAGAAAGGCCGCAAUAACAAGGAAUGAAAUUCUUGACAGAAGCAAAGGCGAUGGGUUUCCCAAAUUUCUCAUUGUCCUUCAACUAUGUACUAUGGUUUAUCACUCAAUAUUUCGGACGAUC